UUUUCUUGUUUAUUUUUUAUAUUAUAGGUCAUAGAGAAUUCUGUCUGGUCUCAGACAGUCGUUUGUGACUGUAUUGGAUAUUUGUACAUGCAAUAAAUACGAAAAUAACCUGCAAUAUUUGAAAUAAUUGUCCCAAUUCAUUGCUUCUUUGUAACCAUACUACCAGGUAAUCAGGUAUUUUGCUGCCCCACAAUAUUGUUCAAGAGUUUAAUAAAUAAUUCAAAAUAUGAUGUUUCAAGUAACGAAAAAGCUUCUUUCCUCCUUUAUUUAUUUUAUAGUGCUUAUUACGCAAUGUUCUUGUGAAGUUCUCCAGUUAGAUAGUACCAAUCUUGAAUCAACUUUAGCAAACAACCAAGUCGUGUUCGUUAAUUUUUACGCGGACUGGUGCAGAUUCAGCCAAAUGCUUGCCCCAAUAUUCGAACAAACUGCUGAAAAGAUCGCAACCGAAUAUCCAACCCCAGGCAUGGUUACCCUUGCUAAAGUAGAUUGUGAUAGGCAAGGUGGAAUCGCCCAGCAAUACCACGUUAGUAAAUACCCUACUAUGAAGUUGUUUUACAACGGUAAACCAGCUAAGCGUGAAUAUCGGGGUAACCGAACCCCAGAUGGUAUUGCUGCAUUCAUUAGGGAUCACCUUAAAGACCCAGUGAAAGAAUUCGCUAAUUUGGACGUCAUUUAUGAAUUGCCGCGACAAAAACGAAACGUUGUCGGUUACUUUACAUCAAAGGAAUCAGAAGAAUUUAAAGUUUUUAACAACGUUGCUAAAAUAUUAAAGGAUGAUUGUGAUUUCCAUGCUGGGUUUGGGGAAGUUUCAAAACCUGAAAGAACAACAGGAGACAACAUUAUAUUUAAACCAGAUAGUGAAGCCCAACCAGAAAUGGUGUUCCUCGGUUCUUUAACAAACCAAGAUUUACUGCAUGCGUGGGCUCAGGACAAGUGUGUGCCAUUGGUUCGAGAGAUAACUUUUGCGAACGGGGAAGAGUUGACGGAGGAAGGACUUCCAUUUGUCAUCCUCUUCCACAAGAAAGAGGACACGGAGUCAUUGGAAGCUUAUCGAAAGGAAGUCAGUCGUCUCGUUAGUUUCAAAACCUCGGUUAAUUUCCUGGUGGCUGAUUGUGAAACUUUCUCCCACCCUCUACACCACCUUGGGAAGUCUGUUAGGGAUUGCCCAUUAGUUGCCAUUGAUUCAUUCAAACAUAUGUACAUGUUCCCCAACUUUAAUGAAAUCAAUACACCAAACAAGUUGAAACAGUUCAUUCUUGAUCUACAAUCUGGUAAACUACACCGUGAGUUCCACCACGGACCUGACCCUCAUAUACAAGCGUUACCCGAAGAUCCAUCAGCAGCACCAGCUGUAAACGACAACCCUGAAGUAAUAAGUGCUGAGGUACAAGCAUCAGAAAAACCAGCAGAAGAAGUUGAGACUUCACCACCAGAAUCCAUUUUCAAACAAUUGAAGCCCUCCGAACACCGAUAUACAUUAACAGAUAGGGAUGAGUUAUAACCUUAGUUCAUUGCAGUCAUAAAAACUAAAAAAAAUGCCCCAAUUGGGUCAAAUUCACAUAAAUAAACCUAUUGAAUGCAAACUACUGUCUUAAUAAAGAAAACGUUAAAUUCUGUAUUUUGUUUCAACAAAAAUGAGCAACAAUUUUUACCCAAUAAUGUAGCGUUACUUUAUUCAAGAUUUUUACUUAAUUUUCAAACUGUUUGAAAAUUUUGAUUUGUGUUUUUUGUUGGAGUUAGGUUUUUGAGAAACUGUAUUUAAAAUCUGAUUUCUAAAGCUGUACAACAAUUAAACAUUACAUUUCUUAUCUUUUUUUCAUUUAGCCAUUUUAAAAAGCAAUUAUUUUGUUCUGUAAAUAUCCAAAAUUUUAAGCAAUAAUACAUACGUAGUUGAAUUGUCACAAAUAUUACUUUCUCGCUAAAUAUUCAAAGUUAAAUCUAUUUGUACCCAACCUUCGCAUUAGUUAACAUUGAAUGCUAAAUUUUCUCUUUUGUUUCGUACUUGAAGCAUUUUCUAACUUCAUUUUCGAUUUGAAGCCAUUUUUAUUGGGAAAUGCCAGUUUUUUUCCAGUUAAAUCCAGUAUUUUUCAAGUUAAGUCCACAUUUUUUCAGGUAAAUCCACUUUUUUCCAGUUAAACCAAGUUUUUUUCCAGUUAAAUCCACUUUUUUCCAGUUAAAUCCACUUUUUUCAGUAAAAUCUGGUAAAAUUUGAGUUUGGUUGACUUCAUUGCAAUUGUGUUUCGAUAUUAUUUCCAUUUAAUUGGGUUUCCAUAAUUUCAAUACUCGGUGAUUCUGUGUAGUUGUGCUUGUUAUAUUUUCUGGUAAUAAACUAUUUAUACGAAUUU